AUGACUAAACCCCAAUUUAUGAUUGAUCUCGAGCGAGAUGGCUUCGUAGUUAUUCCUAAAGUCAUAUCUGAAGAAUCUUGCAAAGAGUUCCAAGAAUCAGCUUGGCAAUGGUUAGAAAGUUUCCCCUAUGGAUUCAAGAGGGACGAUCGAUCAACAUGGACAUCAGAACACCUACCUUAUAGUACGACAGGUGGACUGUACAACAGAUAUAGCGUGAAUCAUGAAGCAUUCGUCUGGAAAAUCAGAACUGAACCUGCCAUCAUCAAGAUUUUUGAGCAGAUGUGGGGUACAGACGAUCUAAUCGCUUCGUUCGACGGAAUGAAUGCUUCAUUACCUAUCAAUUCUGAGACCGGAAGAACCGACUUGAUGCCCACCGCUGCUUGGCCACAUAUCGAUCAAAAUCCAAGAAACGUUGAUCGAUUUGAACUAUAUCAAGGUAUAGCCAACUUGUCAAACAACGGACCAUCCGAUGGUGGAUUAUGCGUCUUGAAAGGGUCGCAUAAGGUACAUCAAGAAUACUUCGAGAGUGUUGGCGGAUUCAAGCUGGAUCAGGAUGCAGGAGAAAAGGAAAACGGUUACACAUAUAAAGUCGAAGAAAUGGAUUGGUUCAAAAAGAAGGGAUGUGAAGAGAUCAAAAUCUGUGCUGGUGCAGGUGAUCUCAUCUUAUGGGAUUCAAGGACUGUUCAUUGGAACGCUAGUCCUGUUGGAAAUCAAACUCGUUUCGUUACAUAUGUGUGUUAUUGUCCCAGAGAGCAUAUGACUGCAAGCGAAUUGGAAACAAAAGGUAAAAUUUUCAAGGAUAGGAAAGGAACCACUCAUUUCCCAUAUAUGAACCGUGUUCCAGCUGAAAGACCAGGUUACUAUAACGCUCUCCCUCGUCGACCGGACGGUACACUCGAUCCGGCCAACAGAAUCAGACCCAGAGUCGAACCUGCGGAAACUCCUUUGAUGCUGAAACUGGCGGGCGUGGCUUAA